AAGCGGGAGGCGGAGCGUGGGCAGGCCGUCCCCUGCGAGGUGCGUGCCGGGUAGUGGCCGGCAUGCUCUGCUGGGCCCGAGCCUGCAGGCUUCCCCGUGGGGCGCUCGGUCCCUCCACUCCAAGCUUCUCGAGGGUGCCCGUCGCACUCAGCAGCAGCAACGGCCAAAGGGAGGGCAAGCCGAGGCCGCUACCGCUGUCCUACAGGCUUCUGGACGGGGAGACGACCCUCCCGGCUAUAGUCCUUCUGCAUGGGCUUUUCGGCAGCAAAACCAACUUCAACUCCAUUGCCAAGGCUUUGGCCCAGCAGACAGGCCGGAGGGUGCUGACAGUAGAUGCUCGGAACCAUGGUGACAGCCCCCACAGCCCAGAUGUGAGCUACGAGGCCAUGUGCCAGGACCUGCAGAGCCUCCUGCCCCAGCUGGACCUGGCACCUUGUGCCCUCAUUGGCCACAGUAUGGGAGGAAAGACAGCCAUGCUGCUGGCGCUCCAGAGGCCAGAGUUGGUGGAACGGCUGAUUGCAGUGGACAUCAGCCCAGUGAAGACCACAGGCACCUCAAAGUUUGCGACCUACGUGGCUGCCAUGAAGUCCAUAGACAUCCCAGAUAAGAUGCCCCGCUCCCAGGCUCGAAAACUGGCUGAUAAGCAACUCAGCCAUGCUGUCCAGGACAUGGCCGUGCGGCAGUUCCUGCUCACCAACCUGGUGGAGGUAGAUGGGCACUUCCAAUGGAGAAUGAACUUGGAUGCCCUGGCUGAGCACUUGGAUGAGAUUAUGAACUUCCCACCACAACAGGAACCCUAUUCUGGGCCAUCUCUCUUCCUCCUUGGUGGAAGUUCCCAUUAUGUAUGUCCCAGUCACCACCCUGAGAUUAGGCGACUCUUUCCUGGCGCCCGGAUACAGACUGUGCCUAACGCCAACCACUGGGUUCAUGCUGACCGCCCCCAGGACUUCAUGGCUGCUGUCCAAAGCUUCUUGGUCUAAGAGGUGCUGCCUGCAAGAGGAGCAGAAGGUCCCAGGCUUCGUGUCCUUGCAGCCUGUUCACGUUGCCACACAGGACUCGGGCGCGUACUGA